GCUUGAAGCAGCGUGGGGUUGUGACGCGGGCUGCUGGAUUACUGUCGGUUGUUUCUAGAUUGACAUAUUCAAUUCUAGUUACAAGCGCUUCGCUAAGUUUGAGUUUCAUCAAUCUGAGUUGGUUUGCUCUAUUGUUGGAGGAAAGCCGAAAUCCAUACAAUGCCUUCCUUGGACAACGAGAUGACUUCGUGGGCUGAUGAGGUGGAGGAGAGUGACGAGCCAGUGCUGCCACCUACCGAGGAGAAGCUUCUUCCCAAUGGCACGAAAAUCGUCACUGAGUACCGAAUCAAUGACGGCAAGAAAGAGAAGGUGGUCACCACCAUCAAGGUGGAGAACAGAAAGGUUUCGAAGGAGGUGGCCAAGCGGAAAGUGUGGUCCAAAUUUGGCCUCUCGAAGGGCGACAAGCCGGGUCCCAACACGGCCACCACCAUCAUGGCCGAGGAAGUGAGCAUGCAGUUCAUCACGGCACACGAGGAGGAGAAGGACGAGUCAGACGACAUGCGCGCCAAGCUGAAGGAGCAGAACAAGGGCCAGAUCAAGUGCCGCUACUGCAAGGGCGACCACUGGACCACGCAGUGUCCCUACAAGGAGAUCGGUGGCCUGGAAGAGGCGAAACAGGAGGAGGAGGCAAGCAAGAUGGCCGGCAGCACGUCCACCGGCGGCAAGUACGUGCCACCAUUCAUGAAGGAAGGCGCCAAGAUGCGUGGCGAGAGCAUGAUGAGCUCCAGAGGCAGAGACGACUACGCCACGGUCCGCGUGACCAACCUGUCGGAGAGCACGCGCGAGUCCGACCUGGAGGAGCUGUUCCGGCCAUUCGGCUCGCUGUCGCGCACCUUCCUGGCCAAGGACAAGAUGACCGGCCUCUCCAAGGGGUUCGCCUUCAUCAGCUUCCAUCGCCAGGAAGCGGCGGAGGAGGCGAUUCGCCGACUCAACGGAUUCGGAUACGACCAUCUCAUCCUCAAGGUCGAGUGGUCCAAGCCAUCGGAGAAGUAGGAGCGUCCCGACAUCUGUGCUUCUUUUUACGUCUCAUGUAUAUUGGUUGGAAAUGGACAUCAAUACAGGCCUCUGUUGGAAUUUA